GAGACCAAACCUAGUGGACAGAAGAGCAACCGCGCCGUCUGCUUCGCACGCCGGGUGAGGGUGGCGCUCAGGGACCUGCCGCGGGUCGCCGAGCAGGUGCAGGAUGGAGCAGGAGGGCGGCGACAGCAGCCUUUUCUUCCGCGGUCUCCAGAGCCGCUCCCACGAGAAGAUGAAGCUGCGAAAGAGAAAAUCGGCCUUGUACCUCAGUGCCGAGGAGGCGAGCGCCGGGCGCCGCCGGGAUCUUCUUGGUGAAAACAUUUACCUGGUCUUGUUUACUGUAGCUUUGAGAAUAUUUAACUGCUUUUUAGUUCAGACAAGUUUUGUUCCAGAUGAAUACUGGCAGUCUCUUGAAGUAGCACAUCACAUGGUUUUCAAUUAUGGUUAUUUGACCUGGGAGUGGACAGAAAGAUUGAGGGGUUACACUUACCCCUUAAUCUUUGCAAGCAUUUACAAGAUUCUGCAUCUUUUGGGGAAAGAUAGUGUUCAGUUGCUGAUCUGGGUUCCUAGACUCGCCCAAGCACUUCUGUCGGCCAUAGCAGAUGUGAGGCUUUACUCAUUAAUGAAGCAACUAGGAAAUCAGGAAACAGCAAGAUGGGUGUUUUUUUGCCAGUUGUGCUCUUGGUUCACGUGGUAUUGCUGUACCAGAACUCUCACAAACACCAUGGAAACGGUUCUGACUAUCAUUGCUCUUUUCUACUAUCCUUUGGAAGGGUCAAAGUCUGUCAACAGCGUCAAGUACUUGUCCCUGCUGGCACUGGCCUUCGUAGUUCGCCCCACAGCUGUCAUUCCAUGGAUACCUCUGCUCUUCAGACACUUCUGGCAAGAACACAGAAAGCUUGAUCUUAUUCUGCAUCAUUUUUUACUUGUAGGAUUUGUCACUUUGGGUUUGUCUCUGAUAAUUGAUCGUAUUUUUUUUGGUCAAUGGACUUUGGUUCAGUUUAAUUUUUUGAAAUUUAAUGUGCUUCAAAAUUUGGGAACAUUUUAUGGUUCUCAUCCGUGGCACUGGUACUUCAGUCAAGGAUUUCCAGUUAUCUUGGGAACUCACUUACCCUUCUUUAUUCACGGCUGCUUUCUAGCCCCUAAGAGGUACCGGAUACUUUUGGUGACUGUGCUGUGGACAGUGCUUGUUUAUAGCAUGUUGAGCCACAAAGAAUUCAGGUUUAUCUAUCCAGUUUUACCAUUUUGUAUGGUGUUCUGUGGACACUCACUGAACCACCUGAAGGUGUGGAAGAAACCAGCUGGAAGUUUCCUGUUUUUAUCAAACAUGCUCCUCGCCCUCUACACGGGGCUAGUUCACCAGCGAGGUACCCUUGAUGUCAUGAGUCACAUUCAAGAACUCUGUUCCAACAGUCAUAAUACAUCAUCUUCAGCGUCAGUAUUUUUAAUGAUGCCUUGCCACUCGACUCCUUAUUACAGCCAUGUUCACUGCCCACUUCCAAUGCGAUUUCUCCAGUGUCCCCCAGACCUGACUGGAAAAAGUCAUUAUCUUGAUGAAGCAGAUGUAUUUUACCUAAAUCCCUUAAACUGGCUAUAUAAAGAGUUUCACAGUGAUUCGUCAUUGCCUACUCACUUGAUCAUCUUUAGUGUUUUGCAGGAGGAAAUAAAUGCUUUCCUCAUUUCAAACAACUAUGAGAGGACUGCUGUAAUCUUCCACACUCACCUGCCAGAAGGUCGGACUGGAAGUCACAUAUACAUCUAUGAGCGGAAAUUAAAAGGAAGACUCAGCAGCUGAAAUUCUGAACUGUGCUUAGAUCUUUCCCAGAGAAACUGACGUUGCUGGGUGGAAAUAUUCAGAUGUUACUUAGAUACUUCAGUAAACACUGGGCAAGAUUCAUGGAACUAACACAAAACCACUGUGAACAGCUUUACCAAAUAGCACUACCUAGGAAAUGUACACAAUGUCACAAAGUAUAAAAUCACAACGCCAGAUUGUAAAUAAAGACCUUUAGUUUUCCUC